AUGUCAGAACAACAGGGAACCCCAGACCAGCUGCCUGCAGAGAAGGGCCAAGGAGGAGCUGGAGCUACAUAUAAGGUGAAAAUUUGUUGAUGAUGUAAAACAUUUUGAACAAAAGCAAAUUUGCGCUAAUAUUAAAACAAGUCUGGGAACAGUCGAUCAAUCAACAUCUUUGUCUGUCUUGCAGUUGACAAUUUAUGAGUUUGAGAACUUUCGUGGAAGGAAGGCGGAGUUUUCUGGAGAAUGCAAGAGCGCCUGGGAGAAGACACAGAAAAUUGGCUCGAUCAUUGUGGAGUCAGGACCGUGAGUCCUCCGUGUUUUUGUCAUGAGUCUUUUUUGUGUGAUUUGUGUUGGUAUUUGAAAUAAUGAUGUAAUGCUUUUCCUUUAAAUCGUAGAUGGGUUGGGUAUGAGCGUCCAGGAUAUGCAGGAGAGCAGUUUGUGCUUGAGAAAGGAGAGUAUCCUCUCUGGAGCUCCUGGACUAACUGGCAGAAUAGCUUCAUGCUGUGUUCCUUUAGGCCUCUGAAAGUGGUCAGUAUAUUGUCAGUGUAAUAUUAACAGAUGUGACAUCCUUGCAAAAAUGCUAAAACCUGUUAUGAUUUUUUUUUUCAGGAUAGUGCAGAGCAUAAGCUGCACCUGUUUGAGAAUGCAGGCUUUGAAGGUAGAAAGAUGGAAAUUUUUGAUGAUGAUGUCCCCAGUCUGUGGGUAUAUAGUUUCCAGGACCGUGUGGCUAGUGUGAAAGCUGUCAAUGGAACGUAAGUACCAACCUUAAACAAUAUUUACAAUGAUUUUUUGUUUAUGAAUAAAUUCCUUUUCCCAUGUUGUACUCAACUCUUUCUCUUCUGCCGGAAGGUGGGUUGGGUACUCAUACCCAGGCUAUAGAGGGCGCCAGUAUGUGUUUGAACAUGGAGACUACAAGCACUGGAACGAUUGGGGAGCUGCUGCACCUCUGAUACAGUCCGUCCGACGUGUCCGGGACAUGCAGUGGCACAAGAGAGGAUGCUUUAUUGCCCCUUCUCCCGCACCUCCCAAUCCCAAUCCUAAUCCCAACCCUAAACCCAAACCUAAUCCUACCCCUGCUCCCAACCCUAAAUCCCAAACUCAACCCCAGACCUAAACACAACUCCAGCACCUCCUACAUCAACUGGGGCAGGCGAAAAGCAGCAAGCAAGUCCCCAGCCUCUCUACUGCACAUCUCCAUAUAGUCUAGAAUAUCUGGCAUGCAAUUUCUGAAAACUGGUACAGAAUUGACAGUUAUGUAAUGUUUAAAUCUGCUGUUAAUAAAGGUUCUGGCCCUGAA